CCUCUGCAAAUUGCAAUCUUUCAAUCCAUCCAUUAUCUGUCGUCACUCCCAAAAAAUGAAAAAUAAUUAAGAGAAAGAGAGAAAAAAAAAAAGGCAGAGGGAGAGAGAGGCAGAGAUUAUUCAGAAAUUAGUUAAAAAAAUGGAGAAUCUGAUGAUUCCUUGUACUUCGAAACCUCCUGUAAUAAUCCCAACAAAACAUGAAAACUUGUCUGAAUUUUCUCAAACCCCAACGAAACUCGCAUUUUCUAACACCAAAAAGACCAACAACCCAAAAAUCAGCGAUUCCCAUUUAAAUUACCUGUCCAGAAACGGCCGCCUAACUGAAGCUAUAACCGCUCUUGAUUCCAUUGCCCAAAGUGGGUCCCAGGUAAGAGCCAACACCUUCAUUAAUUUACUCCAAGCUUGCAUUGAUUUCGGUUCUCUUGAACUUGGUCGAAAACUCCAUGCCCGAGUCCAUCUAGUUAAAGAGAGUGACCCCUUCGUUGAAACGAAGCUUGUUAGCAUGUAUGCGAAAUGCGGGUCUUUUGUCGAUGCACGUAAAGUGUUUGAUAAGAUGAAGGAAAGGAACUUGUACGCGUGGUCUGCUAUGAUUGGUGCGUGCUCCAGAGAGUUGAGGUGGAAGGAAGUUGUAGAACUUUUCUUUUUGAUGAUGGAAGAUGGUGUUUUGCCUGACGAAAUUUUGUUUCCGAAAUUUUUGCAAGCUUGUGCUAACUGUGGGGAUGUUAGGACGGGGAGAUUGUUGCAUUCUUUAGUAAUUAGAUUGGGGAUGGUUUGUUUUGCGCGUGUUAGUAAUUCGGUUUUAGCUGUAUAUGCAAAGUGUGGGAAAUUGAGUUCAGCGAGGAGGUUUUUCGAGAACAUGAAUGAGAGGGAUAUAGUGACUUGGAAUUCAAUGAUAUUGGCGUAUUGUCAGAAGGGUGAGAAUGAUGAAGCUUAUGGAUUGUUUUAUGGGAUGUGGAAAGAUGGGAUUCAACCGUGUUUAGUUACAUGGAAUAUAUUGAUUAAUAGUUAUAAUCAGUUAGGGCAAUGUGAUGUGGCAAUGGGGUUGAUGAAGGAGAUGGAGAUUUCUAGGAUAAUUCCUGAUGUGUUUACUUGGACUUCUAUGAUCUCGGGGCUUGCUCAAAAUGGUAGGAGGUGGCAGGCGUUGUGUUUGUUCAAGGAGAUGCUACUGGCUGGGAUCAAGCCUAACGGUGUUACUAUCACAAGUGCAGUUUCUGCUUGUGCAUCCUUGAGAGUAUUAAAUAUGGGGCGGGAAAUUCAUUCUAUCGCUCUUAAGAAGGGUAUAAUUGAUAAUGUACUUGUUGGUAACUCCCUUAUUGACAUGUAUGCUAAGUGUGGGGAACUGGAAGCUGCAAGGCAAGUCUUUGAUAAGAUUGAAGAGAGAGAUGUUUAUACUUGGAACUCAAUGGUUGCAGGAUAUUGCCAAGCUGGGUACUGUGGGAAGGCUUAUGAACUCUUUAUGAAAAUGCGAGAAUCAGAUCUGAAACCUAAUGUCAUUACAUGGAAUACAAUGAUCUCAGGAUACAUACAAAAUGGAGAUGAGGAUCGUGCCAUGGAUCUUUUUCAACGGAUGGAACAGGAUGGGAAGAUUAGGAGAAAUACAGCAUCCUGGAAUGCUUUUAUUGCUGGUUAUGUGCAACUUGGGGAAAUAGACAAGGCAUUUGGAGUUUUUCGACAAAUGCAGUCUUGCUCUGUCAGUUCAAAUUCAGUGACUAUAUUGAGUAUCUUGCCUGGUUGUGCAAAUUUAGUUGCUGCGAAAAAGGUAAAAGAGAUCCAUGGUUGUGUUUUGCGCCGGAAUUUAGAGUUUGUACUCUCUAUUUCAAAUUCUCUAAUUGACACUUAUGCCAAAUCAGGUAAUAUAUUAUAUUCUAGAAUCAUAUUUGAUGGAAUGUCAACUCGAGAUAUAAUUUCCUGGAACUCAAUAAUAGGAGGUUAUGUUUUACAUGGUUGUUCUGAUGCUGCCCUCGAUCUUUUCAAUCAGAUGAGAAAGUUGGGACUUAAACCUAAUAGAGGUACCUUUCUAAGUAUUAUCCUUGCACAUGGUAUUGACGAUAACAAACCGAUAUCAGUUGGGCCAUGGGGAGGCCAAGGCGGGUCUUCUUGGGAUGAUGGAGUAUACUUCACAGUAAGGCAACUGGUGAUAGCUCAUGGAUCGGGCAUUGACUCUAUCCAGAUUGAGUAUGAUAAUAAAGGGAACUCUAUUUGGUCAAAGAAGCAUGGGGGAGGUGGAGGAUCUAUGACAGAUAAGGUCAAACUUGAUUACCCAGAUGAGUUUCUUACUUCAGUUCAUGGAUACUAUGGUAUCCUACAUGAACGAGGACCAAUUCUUGUUCGAUCUCUCACUUUCUUUAGCAACAGGAAAGCAUAUGGACCCUAUGGUAUUGAACAAGGAACUAGUUUUUCAAUGACCAGGGGCAAGAUUGUUGGAUUUCAUGGCAGGUGUGGAUGCUUUUUGGAUGCAAUCGGAACCCAUUCAAAGCCUUUCUCAAAACUGAACCCCUCAAAGACUAUCGUUCAUGCCCAAAGUUUUGUUGCGGAUGGGGCUGAGAAAGUUGGCUAUUCAUUGAUUCAAGGAAGUGUUGGAGAGAAGUACGAUAUAGUUCUUGCUGUAAGACAGAGGGAUGCAUAUGGGAAUCCCCUGCCAAGGCAGCUCUCAAGGCAAUCUUCUAGUAGCUCUGAUGAUUCAAGUGAUGUAGAAACCAGAAGCAAGGUUUCAUUUCGGACUCCUGAGAAAGUGCCUUCAAAACUACCAGAAGGUGUGCUAUCUUAUGGACCCUGGGGUGGCAAUGGUGGAGCCAAGUUUGAUGAUGGAACCUACACCGGUAUAAGGCAAAUUACUUUAUCACGCAACGUUGGAAUUGUGUGGAUAAAGGCUUGCUAUGAUCGUGAUGGGCAAGCAGUAUGGGGAAGCAAACAUGGAGGGACUGGAGGAUUCAAAACUGACAGGAUAAUCUUUGAUUAUCCAUCAGAAAUUUUGACACACAUCACAGGAACCUUCGGGCCUUUAAUGUACAUGGGGCCUAAUGUGAUCAAGUCACUUACAUUCCACACCAACAAAGGAAAGCAUGGGCCAUAUGGAGAUGAACAAGGACCCUCUUUCACGAACAAAAUGAAUGAAGGCAGGAUCAUUGGAUUCCAUGGCAGAGAGGGUUUAUUCCUGGAUGCUGUUGGUGUAUACGUAAUGGAAGGGAAAGUACCACCUCCGAGGCCAUCUAUUUCCCAAGCAAUCAUCCAAAGUGAAAGGUCUAUAGCUGAGAUAGACAAUUCUCCAUGGUCUAACAAACUGGUACUAGCAAGGAGAGGACCAGUUGAAGAGGUUGCUUGUGGUGUGGUAAAAGAACCAGCACCGUGCGGACCUGGUCCCUGGGGAGGGGAGGGAGGGAGACCAUGGGACGAUGGAGUAUUUUCAGGGAUUAAGCAAAUAUUUGUCACCAAAUCUGAAGCUAUUUGCUCAAUACAGAUCGAGUAUGAUCGAAAUGGACAAUCUGUUUGGUCUGUAAAACAUGGAGGUCAUGGAGGAACCACCACACAUCGGGUGAAAUUGGAUCACCCGCACGAGGUACUCAUUUGCAUAUCUGGCUAUUAUGGCCCCAUAAACAAUGAAGAGAAGUCCAAAGUUGUCAGGUCAUUAACAUUUUAUAGCAGCAGAGGCAAGUAUGGUCCAUUUGGUGAAGAGAUAGGCACAUAUUUCACUUCAACCACAACAGAAGGGAAGGUGGUGGGAUUCCAUGGCAGGAACAGCUCUUACUUGGAUGCUAUCGGGGUCCACAUGCAGCAUUGGCUAGGAAAUCAAAGAACCUCAAGGAUGUCUCUCUUCAAAAUUUUCAGUUGAUUGGUGUUUUUCUGGUAUAGUAAUGAAGAUAAAAUUGGUACAUCAAUCGCUAUUUUGAUUCACAUUGGCUCUAGGAAUAACUUGCUCAAUCCAGUUCCAGGCUCAUUCUGGUCCUAUUUGUUUGAGGCAUUGCUUGUACCCUCUAGUCUGAGUUGAUCAGAUAUAUGAUAAGAUAUGCUAAAUGUUUGUUAAAUAACUAGAAUUUUCCAAAAUUAUUACUA